AUGGGCUCGAUCAAACAGAGCUUGACGGACUACGGGUGGAGCGAUGUUCUUCGCCCGAGCAUUCGAAGCAUGGAGACAGAUGGCGGUCAUCAGGCCGGCCGGGUGGUGUUAGAGCACCGCGAUGCCUACCGCAUCGUGGGCGAUGGUGGGGAGCGGUCUGCGGUACUGGCUGGCCGCUUGCGGCAACCGGAGGUUGCCGAGCUGCCGGCGGUUGGCGACUGGGUAGUGGUCGACGGCGCCGCGGACGGACCGGCGGUGAUUCACGGCAUCUUGCCGAGACGCAGCCAGAUCUCUCUCGUCGGGCUCGACGGCGACUUCAACGUCCGGCGUUUGGAGCGCCUGCUGGCGAUGGCUUGGCAGAGUGGCGCCGAGCCGGUGGUGCUGCUGACCAAGGCCGACCUCGAACCUGAGCACCUAGCCGAGCGCCGCGAGCAGGCCGAGGCGGUGGCUCCCGGCCUACAGGUGCUGGUCCUGAGCAGCUAUCAGGGUUUGGGUCUCGACCAGCUCGAGGCCAUCUUGCGGCCGGCCGCCACCUACGCUUUGGUGGGCUCUUCGGGUCCUAGCCACCGCAGCGGUGCGAUCGUCGGACGACCGGGGUCGUCACACCACCACCCGGAGCCCGGUUGCGCGGUGCUGGCGGUGGUCGCUGACGGCGAGCUCGAUCCAGCGCGGCUCGACAACUAUCGCGGCCUGCAGCGUGAGGCGCGCUUCUUGGAGCUGCGCCAGGACGAGGCGGCUCGGCGGGCGGAUCGUAAGCGGACGGCGGCGAUCCACAAGGCAGCCAUGCGCCUGAAGCCGCGGCGGUGA